UGCAGUCCAUUUAAAAGCAGCGUCUGCUCGAGUGACCCGGAGAGAAGCAUCCCGUCCUCCCCUCCACCGCAGCGGCUGCAGCGCCAUGUCCAAACCCAAGUUCCAGACGGAGUGGGAGGAGAUCGACGAGGAGCACCAGCAACUACAGGAAAGUCACAAAGUAUACAGACACAAGCUUGAGGAGCUCACCAAUCUUCAGACAACGUGCAGCAGCUCCAUCAGUAAACAGAGAAAAAGCCUAAAGGACCUGAGGUACAGCUUGAGCAAAUGUGCGAAAACGUGUGACGAGAAAGAACUGAAGCUGAUCGCGGACAUCAAAACACAAAUCAAAGAGAAAGAAAAUGUCUUUUUUGAUAUGGAGGCAUAUUUGCCGAAGAGGAACGGACUGUACCUCAAUUUGGUCCUGGGCAACGUGAACGUAACACUUCUCAGCAACCAGGCAAAAUUUGCCUACAAAGAUGAGUACGAGAAGUUCAAGCUGUACAUGACAAUAAUCCUGAUGUUUGGAGCCAUAACCUGCCUCUUCGUUCUCAACUAUCGUGUCACUGAUGAAAUCUUCAACUUUUUGCUGGUGUGGUACUACUGCACCUUGACCAUAAGGGAAAGCAUCCUCAUGAGCAAUGGCUCCAGAAUCAAAGGUUGGUGGGUGUCUCACCAUUAUGUGUCCACCUUUCUGUCUGGUGUAAUGCUGACCUGGCCGGAGGGGGCCAUGUAUCAGAUGUUCAGAAGCCAGUUUCUUGCUUUCUCUAUAUAUCAGAGCUUCGUUCAGUUCCUCCAGUAUUACUACCAGAGCGGCUGCUUGUACCGGCUGCGAGCCCUGGGAGAGAGGAAUCAGCUGGACCUCACAGUGGAGGGAUUCCAGUCCUGGAUGUGGAGAGGCCUCACGUUUCUUUUGCCAUGCCUCUUUUUUGGACAUUUUUGGCAGCUGUACAACUCGGUGACCCUGUUUCGCUUGGCAGGACAUGAAGACUGUAAAGAGUGGCAGGUGUUUAUGUUGGCAUUGACGUUUCUCAUCCUGUUCCUGGGAAACUUUCUCACCACUGUAAAAGUCGUCCACCAGAAAAUCCAGCAAAACCAGGAAAAGGGGCAAAAAACUGACUGAGACAUAAACUCAACGAGACGCCUCAAAUUCUUCCAAACGGCCAGUAACUUUGAAGCAACAGGCACAGAUGGCUUGUGAGACUGACCCCAGUACGAUCGGGCCGGGAGAAGACGAAGCUUCUCCCGGGCUUCGAUUCCGCCAGCGAGCUCCCGCCGGAGAAUCUGGAGAUCAGGCUUUCUGCUUUCUAUUGACUCGUUGUUUGUGUCGCUGCUCGGUCGGUCUCAACACAAAGCGUCGUUCACCUUUUCUAAGGAUGAGCCGUUUUGUUGCUUUAUCUUGUACAUAAAACAAAGUGAGUGGAAAGAAUGCGUUGUAUUUGAGUGUCGGUGUAUGUGAGUCUGUCUGGGAGCCUUUGUUCAAAUCAUAUGCAACUGAAAAAGCAGGCAGGUAGCGUCAAUAUACAGACGGGUGACAAAUUUAAAGGAAAAGCAAAUUGUGUCAACCACCAGACUGGCUUCAGUGUGGCUCGGCAUUGAUUCUACAAGUUUCGAGAUACGACUGGAGGAAAAAAAAACUCCCUCAGCAAAAAUAUAUUCCCUCUUUUGGUGUUCAUCGUGAUAGCUGUGAGUUCUGUUGACUGUGAAGGCCACGGCUAAUGAUUCACAUCAUUCUCCUACUCGUCAAAACAUUCAAUGUGCUCUCUGUGGAUUUGGGCAUCGUCCUUUCUUUCCAGGUUUUCCUCUAAUUUAUCACCCGUCUGUAAUUUGCCUUUUGAGGACUUAACGUCUGUUAUGUUCAUACUUCUGUGAAGUAGCAACUCUCUUUGUCUCAGUCAAAACGUGGACAUGUUCAAAUUGGAACCGCGCUUCAUUUCUUUAACGAGUAGUUCCCAAACUCCCCAUCGAGCUGUUGCACUGCUAACCGGUGUUGUUCCUUGUUUAUUUUAUUUCUAACUAAACUUUUGUUCUCAGUCAAAUAGAUUUAAUAAAAAAAAAAAAAAAAACAGACUUGAUACUUCCAAAGCAGGUUACCUUCAGCUUCCUUAAAACAAAUUUGUGUGAUGUUAGAACGCAGCACUGUUGUUCCCGUUAGGUAGUGUUUGCAUAAAUGUGUGUGUGAUCCAAUCCCUAAACUCUGGCUCACACUUAAAAAAAACUUGGUGGCCUCGCAAGGUUUUCAUGUGACUCACUCUCUAGCGGUUCCAUUUUAUGAUAUCAUUAGCAUAAUGCUAACAAAUUGUAAUGUAUAAGUAGGUCUAUCGUGUUUCACUCUCAAAUUUUAACUUGUGUAGGAAGAGCUUAGAGAGUAAGAAACGUUUUGUCUCAAAGGUCAUGCAGAGUUUUUUGGAUUUGUCAUCACUGUGCUGCUACCGUUCCCAUUUCCUUCUGUAGUGAUGCAGAAAGACGUAAUGAUCAAACGCUGCUAUUAGCACUGGUACUGUGAGGCUACGACGCACACUGAUGAAUAAUCAUGUGCUGGAUUAUUUUUAUUUUAUUCAAGUAGACGUAAUAAAUUAAAUAUUUAUAAUUAAUUAAUUAAUGGCCACUUCCAUGGCUUUUACUCUCGUUCAUUGUCUUGGUGUCUGGUUCACAUUUCAUGCUUUCAUGUUUAAAAAUGGCACUCGAGGGUGUUUUUGUCCGGGGGGGCGGUGGGUUCAAACGAACAGCUGUAGUGGUGUCGGGUCUCUGUUGCCUUAUUCCCCCUCAAGCCUGUCACAGCAAAACACUGCCCUGCUUCUUUUAUUUUGAAAAUCCAAAGACCGAAAUUGUCUUUUUUUUUUUUUUCUCCUCCCCCCUCCCCCUUUUCAUACAGUAGUGCUGCUGAGGAGGGUCACAGUAUUUACAUAUCACUUUUAUUGAUGUUUGACGAGUUACAGACUAAAAUGUUACAUGAGCUGCCAGGAUGCACAACACAGUGAAAGACUUCCUUGUUUUUAUGAUGUAGCCGAUGCUAAAUAAAUGUUUUCAUCAAUCUUCUUGAAUCUGUAGCUGGUGCCUGAACACGAUCAGUGACGAGACGGUUGACAAUUUCUCUGUGUACAUUCUUGUAAAGAAAUAUUUAAAAUUAAAAACCCGUAAUUGCUAUUUCUGUUUCUUCAAUCAAACAUAAAGCAACUUAUUUGAAUUCAGUGUUGCCUUUGUGACUCGACUCUGAUGCAUUCCAAGUUUUUAACACUGGUGGGCACUGUUGGCAAAGAUUAGAGCUUCAGUUGAAGUGAAAACAUUCGAAGCCAAUGUUUAGUUUUUACUGAAAAUGAACUAACCCUCCUUUUUUCUUAAGAUUUAAAGCUACAGAUCCAUUAUCAAUUAUAUUUUAAA